AUGUCGGAAACCGCUCCUCCUCCAUCAUCAACUCGGAGUUGCGCUUAUCUCGAUGCCCUCACUCUCGAAAUCGAGAAGAAGCUCCAACGGGCACUAGCUUCCUCGUCUCAGAGACUCAACUUGUUGCAAGAGCUGUUCGCCGACAUUGCUUUAGAAGUUGAUGAGCGGGCCAAAGAUAUUAUUCUCGGCAGGGAAGAAGAUGCCAUUUCUCCUGACAAGGAUGGCUCUGCUACCGAAUUGUGCUUUUACAAUGUGCUUGCUGAUUACUAUGUCGAGGCGCCUGAAAGUGGGAAGAGAAUCCUUGAUCUGAUUGUCCUUCUCUGGAGUCAGUCAUUUGCAUCACAUAUAUUCGCACUUCUGUUUCAUAAAUGGUUAUUCGAUGCACAACUGGAUAGCAAUGAGGUGCUUCUUCGUUACUCAUCUGCUCUUGUUCAAGGUGCUACUAAUGUUUUCUGGAUUGAUAUUCAAACAAACACAAGGCGUUUCCAGACUCUCUUUCAUUACCUCCUCAACGAAGUGGCACUGGAGCCGUCGCGGUUGAAUAAAAUUCCAGUACAGGCACAGCGAGAUUUGUUUCUCUUGCUUUCAAGAUUCAUACUAUUUUACAACUUAGUUGACAAGCUAGAGGGGUUCUUAGACCAAUUCCCUGUUUUCCCAAAUGCUUUCUUGGUUGGAGGUCCUGCAGAUUUCUUUGUUAUUGAACUUGCAGACCAGAUUCAAAAGUUGAAGGUGGAACCAGUUCUACUGCAUUACCUUUCGGAAAUAAAAGUUCUGCAAGGCUUGGAACUGAGAAUGACAACAAGUACUAGACUAAAGGCAUGUCUAUAUAGCUUCACUUCUCCAGGCGGCCCAAUGUAUCCAACUAGAGCAGUUCGCCAUGCGGCCUGGGAUGCUUUAGACUUUCUGUUCCCUGUUGGACAAUAUCCACGGCACGUGAUAAGUUUGUUUUUCAGGCUGUUGUAUCCAUGGUACUGGCCAUCCUCGUGUUGGAACUUCAUAGUGUCUUGCAUUAAGGCCGUGUUUUUUUCGUUGUUGAGGCUGGUGUUUUCUAGUUGGGACAAGCUCAAACCCACCAAGGAACACUAA